AUGGUCACGGUUUCGCGCACACUCACUGCGGCACUGCCCCGGCUCAUGACCACGAGCACGGCGACGCUGUCCGCGUCGCGCCACGCUCACCUCAGCCCUCACGACCGCGGCGAGGCGGUGGUCGCGGUCGACUCGCACGCCAUCACGGCCGGCACUCCUGAGCUGGCCCCCAAGACUGCGACCCGACGCCUGAUGACAUUGUGCACGCCCUCGUCAUGUUAG